UAGAAGCGUAUCCAUGUUUGUAGUGCGCAUGCGCGGCAUCACGAGCUAGUUUCGCUGCUGCAGCGCGUGCUAUCACAAUCGGAGUAUUUCGAGUUGUAUCAAACCCAACAUCCAUCCUCCUCAUCUCAAUCUGGUGCCUGCCCUCCUGAAUGCUGAUGACUCGCAUCUUCGUCUACGGCACCCUGAAGAAAGGGCAGCCCAACUACCACCGCUUGUUCGAGAGCGCCAACGGGAAGGCGGAGUUCCUCGCCUCGGCCUGCACCAGCCAGAAAUACCCGCUGGUGAUCGCCAGCGAGUACAACAUUCCCUUCCUCCUCAACAUCCCGGGUCAGGGCCACCGAGUCCACGGGGAGAUCUACAAGGUGGACGACAAGAUGCUUGAAUUCCUGGAUGCCUUUGAAAAUGUUCCCAGCAUGUACCAGCGCACUCCGGUCAAACUGGAGGUGGAGGAGUGGGCGGGGACGACGGAGGGGGAAGACAGGCCGGCAGCGGGCAGCGUCACAGAGGCCUUGAUGUACAGCACCACCACGUACCAGCCAGGAUGGCCGUCGCUGCCCCACCACGAGAGCUACGACUCCAAUGGCGACCACGAGCUCCAGUAUGUGACCAGAUCAGAACGCGGCGGAGGUCACCCGCCGGAAUGAGAGGAGCACAUCGAGAGAGAAACGUUGCACAAGGUCUUCGACCUCUUCAAAACCAGCACUUGAUAUUAAGUGAAUAGAAACGUCUAGUUUUUGUUUUAGAACAUAAUUAUUAAAGAUGAUGAAGAAAAAGUUGUUUGAUGCAUUGCAGGAGUGCAAAAGAAAAACAAUGUUUUGGGCCUGUAAUAAGUAGUUGAGUGUUAAUUGUUUAAAAGUCAAACAUUUUUAGUCAUAAUUUAAGUUUUGGUCGUUUCAGUUGUUUUCAGAAGCAUUUGUACAGUUGUUCAUAUUUGCAACACUGAGCGAGCUGAAAGGCACUUUGAUAUUAAAAGUCAUCACACACCUAAAAAAA